CCCAGCGAGUCGACGAGCGGGAUUUCUCGUUUGGAGUAGACAGCAAUCGCAAAAUAAGAGGGCAAAAUAUUUCAUUUGAUGUGUUCAGCUGCAAAGCACGUGAAGGGAUAAAAUAGUAAACGUUCGGUGAACAUAGGAGUAUUUUGCUUGCGGUAACCCAUUGCCAUCGCUUUCCCAAUUCAAAUUUAGAUCGGGUGGGACUGUUUGGAAAGCCUGUGAGAACAAUGAGUAGACGGGAGACCACAAAGGAGGGAAGAAGAAUCCUUCGAUUGGCAGCCUCACUUUCACAGAAUGUACCACGUACCCCAUCAGUACAAAAUGAAAGCUUGGUGGGAAGUCCGCCAAUCAAUACUACAAGCAUAGAAUCAGAGGAUUUCACAGGGCAAGUUGCUUCUGGAAUGGACCUGGAUCGCGAUGCAGCUGCUUCUGAUUCAAUGAAACUCCACUUGGAGAAAUCAGAGAGUGAGGAAUGUGAUCAGAUGCGUGCUGAUGGAGACAAACCAGAGGAGCUUCCUGCAAAGACUGAAGAAGUUGAUGUUAAUGGUCUCAUUGCAAUACUGAAAGAGUUUGAAGAGAAACAUAUAAAUCCAGUUUCUGCACUUUAUCACUUUUGCCAGCGAAAAGGAUGCCAGUUGCAUUUUCAAGAAGAGGCGAAUUCAGGGGCUUCUCCUAUGUCCUGUUACUCUCUUCGUGCAGUUGUAGAUGGAUUUGCGUUUGAAGAAGGAAUAGGUAUCACCAAAAAGGAGGCCAAAUACAAUUGUGCUGAAAUUGCAUUGAAACAACUCUAUCAACAGUUGCAACAGAUUGCAUCAAGGGCUCAAACUCCAGAAGUUGCGAAGCCAUGUGCAGGGGCCAGAGAGGUAUGCAUGAGAAGCCCACGAGUCCCAACUGAAAAUCUGGUUAUUCAUCCUAUCCGAUGUGCAGCAAUUAGCAAGUGCAUGUUGAAUAUGCUCUUGGAAUAUCUCCCAAAGUACAAGAGCUCCAAAAAUACUCUGGCUGCUUUCAUAGUGGAGAAAGUGAUAGAAGAUUGCAAUGGCGAGACUGGGGAAGAAUAUGAAGUUGUUGCUUUAGGAACAGGAGAGACUUGUUACAGUGGUUGGAUGUGUUUUGAUGGCCGUUUACUCCAUGACUGUCAUGCUGCAGUGGUUGCAAGGAGAGCAUUGCAAAGAUAUUUGUUUAAACAGCUCCUUCUGUUCUGCAGUAAUGAUCCUGUGGGUUUAGAAAAGUGCAUCUUCUGCAAGUCUUCAGAAAAUGAUUUCCUCUCCCUUAAGCACAAUAUAUUUCUCCAUCUCUAUCUCAGCAGUGUGCCAAAGGGGGCUGCUCAAAGCAUUCUUAUGGACCCUGUGCCAUAUCGAAAUCCUGACAUGAGACUUCACAUUCAUUCGAAAGGCUCUCUCAUGCCAGCGGCAAACUGUCGCCCAAGUGUGACCACAACCCAUGUCUGCUGCAUGUCUGCCAGCGACAAAGUGAGCAGAUGGAUGGUGCUUGGAGUCCAAGGAGCCCUCCUCAGCCACUUUAUCAAACCUCUAUAUAUCACCAGCAUUGUUCUUUCUGACCAAUUACAUGCGAUGCAUAUCGUCACAAAAGCAAUCAAUCAACGUGUGGAUGAGAGUUUGAAUGAGAAGCUCCCUGCUCCAUUCACAGCUCUGAGGGCACAUUUCUCCCAUUGCGGCAAGGAAGAACCAGAAAAAGUAGACCCACUUCACAAAAUGCUGAGCAUUAACUGGUGUCGGGGGGAUAGCACUGUGGAAAUAGUAGAUGGAGCAGCAGGAAAGACCACAGAAGAUUCCCCUUUUAAGAAUGGAAUCAACACUGCCAGUCGUUUAUGCAAAGCUGCCAUGUUCUGUUCCUUUCAACAUUUAGCAAGAGAAAUAGAUAGACCAGAGUUACUGGAGUGGUCAACGUGUCAUGAAGCCAAGAUAUAGAAACUUGAAGAUAUGAAUAUCAUCCAUAUCUCUGAAGUGACCUAUGAUUUUGCGUAAUCAUUUCAGAUGAAAGCUAAAACAUACCAACAAGCCAAGGGCAUCAUGAACUAUCACUUCAUAUCCACUGGAGCAGGUCCAUGGCCACAGAAACGCUUAGUUGACAACUUCAGCAAAUAGAUUUCAUUGGGAUGUAAAAGAAUUUAACUUUUUUAAGCUGUUUAAAAAGUAUCAUCCUGAAGUUUAAAACAGAAAAUGCUGGAAAUAAUCCACAGUCAGCAUCUAUUUCCAGCAAUGUUUUUAUUUUAUAUUUUCUGUAACAUUUUCCUUUCAGAUCAUGCUGUACUGCUUUUUGUGAAAUGAUUGGGAAUUAUAUUUAAAACAAGCACCCAUUUGGUUUGUCUGUUUCAGUUGUAAUAUUAAAUGCUAUUUC